AGUGAACUGCAUAAAUUACUUUGAACUUAACGACCUAGAUUCAGUAUUAACACUUAAAACAAACAUCUAAAAUGGUUAAAACGUCGAGUUAAAACAACAGACAGCUAGGCUACACACCAUAAAAUUAUACGCGCAACACGCAAGGUAAAAGUAACCUGUGAAUAUGCCAGGUUCCAGUGUAGGGGGAGGAGUCUAUAUAAACAGCUCGGCUCAGUUAGUGUCCGAUGGAAGACACGCAUCAAACUCUACAUGGAGAAUCACUUUAAUGAUCAAAACACGGAAGGUUCCGCAAGUUCAGACAGCAACGACUGCCAAAGGGUAGACCAGUAUGGAUUUGAGAGAGCAGAAGAUUUCAACUAUGAAUCCUAUGAGGACUUCACGUCCAAGAAUUUAGCUGUUGUCACUAGAAGGUCAAACAAGUGGUCGAAACUUUUGCAGAGCACUGUAAAAGUGGAGAAAAAUGUUAAAGUAAAGCGAUACGUGAGGAAGGGGGUUCCAUGUGAACAUCGCACUCAGAUCUGGAUGGCAACCAGUGGAGCCCAGGACCAGCUGGACAGAAAUCCUGGCUACUAUCAUUCUCUAUUAAAGUCUGAACAUGACCCUAAAAUAGAAGAGGUUAUACGUGCUGAUAUGCACAGAACCUUUCCUGACAACAUUCAGUUCCGUGCCUCCUCCCAGCCAUGUUUACAAAAAGCCCUGUUUAAUGUACUUCUGACUUAUGGACACCACAAUAAGGAUGUUGGUUACUGUCAGGGAAUGAACUUUAUUGCUGGAUACCUCCUCAUCAUCACUAAAGAUGAAGAGAAGUCUUUCUGGUUAAUGGAUGCUUUACUUGGCAAGAUCUUACCAGACUAUUACACAGCAACAAUGCUGGGGCUUAAAAUGGAUCAAGAGGUGCUUGGAGAGCUUGUCAGAAUGAAGGUUCCUGCUGUCUGGAAGGUCAUGAAUCAGCACGAUGUAAUGUGGACCCUGGUGGUCUCGCGCUGGUUCAUCUGCCUGUAUGUAGACAUACUUCCUGUAGAGACAGUGCUGAGAAUAUGGGACUGCCUUUUUUACGAGGGAUCCAAGAUCUUGUUCAGAGUGGCUUUGACGCUGAUUCAUCAACAUCAGAACCUCAUCUCACAGGCCCAGAAUCUCCCAGAAAUCUGUGAACGCUUCAAACAGAUCACUCGCGGCGAGUACGUAGAGGACUACCAUACCUUCAUGCAGAAAAUCUUCAUGGAGCCUGGAGGUCUCUCUACAGCAACAAUUACUAAACUCAGGAAGAUGUGUAGGAAUCGCAUUACUUCUGCCUAAAACCCUCCACUAUACUACACUAAAUGAUGGAUGAUGGACAUACAGUUCUGCAUGUUAGAUGAGAAUCUAUUACUUACUAAAUGGGGGGGAAAAAAAAAAAACUUUUAUAUGCAUAUUUUUAACAUAAUGACAGGGAUACACUACAUUUUAAGUGUGUCGGGUCAGUAAGAUUUUUUUUUUACUGUGUCUGACAGUGAAGUCUUGUGAUCACCAAGCCUGCAUUUAUUUGAUACAAAAUACAGCAACCAGGAAUAAUUGAAAGUGUCAUUUACAAUUUAAAAUAAUGUUUUCUAUUUAUAUAGAAAGGCUUAAAUUUGCAAUUUAUUCCUGUGGUGGCAAAAGCUGCCGUUACUUCAGUCUUAAGUGUCAAAUGAGCCUUUAGAAAUCAUUCCAAUUUGUUGAUUCGGUGUUGCUUAAUAUGAAUAUUUCAUGGAUACAACAAUGAAUAUUGUUUGAUUAAUGGAAAACUAAUAAAGCGUUUAUUGAAUGCUUUUGAAACGAUGUAUAAAAUUUGACCUGAUCAAU